UGGGGCACUGUGUGUGACGAUUUGUUCGAUACUAAUGACGCCAAGGUUGCCUGUAAGCAUUUAGGUUGGAACUUUGAGGAGGCAACUGUCAUAGCAAGUUCUCAUGUUCCUGAUGGUUCGGGUCCCACAUGGUUGGAUGAUAUGAAAUGUAGUGGCACUGAAAAAACAUUGUUUGAAUGUAGUCACAGGGGUUGGGGAGUUGAGAACUGCAACCAUACUGAAGAUGUUGGUGUUAGUUGCAAUGGCGGACUUCGCUUGGUUGGUGGUGAUGCAUCUGGAAGACUUGAAGUGUUCUAUAAUGGUAGUUGGGGCACUGUGUGUAACGAUGGGUUCGAUUUGAAUGACGCUAAGGUUGCGUGUAGACAUUUAGGUUUGGGGUCUGAGGGGGCAACUGUCGUAGCAAGUCCUAAUGUUCCUGAUGGUUCGGAUCCCACAUGGUUGGAUGAUAUGGAUUGUAUCGGGACUGAGAAAACAUUGUUUGAAUGUAGACACAGAGGUUGGGGAGUUGAGAACUGCAACCAUAAUGAAGAUGUUGGUGUUAGUUGCAAUGGAGGACUUCGCUUGAUUGGUGGUGUUGCAUCGGGAAGACUUGAAGUGUUCUAUAAUGGUAGUUGGGGCACUGUGUGUGACGAUUCGUUCGAUACAAAUGACGCCAAGGUUGCCUGUAGACAUUUAGGUUUUGAGUCUGAGAGGGCGACUGUAAUACAAAGUUCUAAUGUCACUGAUGGUUCGGGUCCCAUAUGGUUGGAUGAUUCGAAUUGUGUUGGAACUGAGAGAACAUUGUUUGCGUGUAACCACAAUGAUUGGGGAGAUGAAGACUGCGGCCAUGAUGAAGAUGUUGGUGUUAGCUGCAGUGGUUGAUAUAAAGAUAAAUUGGAGACUGUGUACUGUGAAACAUUUGAACACAUUAGUGUGUAGCAGUAUAGUUCUCAUUGAUGCAAGCGAUUCUGUCUUUUUGUAUUAUACUUGGAUAAAUACUUUUUGGAUUUGCCUUCAGAUUAUCAUAAUUUGAAAUGAAUAAUCAAAAC